GAAAACAUAUUUUUUAUCAUUUAUUAUAUUUAUUAUCACUUUGUUUCCAUAUUAAUGUCACAUAUUAAUAAGAAAAUAUAUUUGCGAAUACAAGUAAUAAGAAAUAUUAUUUCCAUUUGGAGAUAUGGAGAAUAUAUCCAUCAAAUAUCACAUUUUAUUUACCAAUUGUUUCUAUUUAGAUUUUGUGAAUUUAAGUAUAUAUUGUUGAGUAACUACACAAAUCCUUUCUUCUUAUCUCAUUGUUUCCCCCAUAAUUUCAACUGGAAUUUUUCGCCAUCAAUACAGAAAAACAAAUUUUGGUAGCAACAAUGAGAAGUCUGUUUCCAGUUGCCACCAUAAUAAUACUUGGCCUGUUGCUGCUUUCUUUUCCAGACGGAAGUAGAGCAAAAGGAAAGUGUUCAACGAAGGAUUUAGCAAUCACACAGAGUUUCACAGGGCGUAGGCCAAAUGGGAUACCAAUUUAUUCAGUGGAAAUAGCCAACCUGUGUGCUGCAGGGUGCCCUAUUUCGAAUAUUCAUCUGCACUGUGGAGCCUUCAGCUCUUCAACACUCAUUAACCCCAACCAAUUCAAGCGCAUAGCCAUUGAUGACUGUCUCAUCAACAAUGCAAAACCACUGGCGCAAGGCAAAGUCAUAUCCUUUACUUACACCACCAACUUCAUGCAUCCCCUUGCUGUUAAAUCAGCUAAAAUUACAUGUUGAUGCUAUAAAUUUAUAAAAAUAAUUAAUAAUGUCGUCCAGGCAUAAAGUACUA